GUGACAUCACUGGCGGAGCCACCCUCCGCCAGCAGGAGAAGCGGCGGCUGCUCCGCGGGGGAAGAGCCCGGAGCCGGAGCAGAGAAUGUGAGUGGUUCGGAACGGGGGGGGAAGAGACCUUCCCGGAGCCCACACUCGGUCAGGAUGCGGCCGCCGCUGCCGCUGCUGCUGAUGCUCUUGCUGUGCGGACGCAGCUCGGCCGGCGCUGGCGGCGGCUCCUGGAACUCCAGCGGCAGCGACGAGCAGGAGAAGGAGGGGGCGCUGGAGCCGGGAGCCCGGGAGAGAGGCGGCGGCGUCCCGGAGCCUGGGGAGGGGGCGCCGGAGCCGGGACCCCGGGAGCGAAGCGGCGGUGGAGAGGAGGCGCCGGUGCCGGGAGCCCGAGAGAGAGGGGGCGGCGGCGAGCCGGAGCCCGGGGAGGUGGGUAGCGGACUGGAGGAAGCCACCUGCGCCUACAAGGUGCUGCUGAACGGGAGGGGAGCCGAGCGGGUGUGUUUCAGGAGCACGGAGAGUGGUUUCAGCUGCGGCCCGGGCAGCUGCCGGCUCUACCGGUCGGGCCGCUCGCUGGUGGCCAACGUGCUGGCGAACAGCAGCGUCUUCCUGCAGUGGCGGCCGCCCCGCCUGCGGCACCUGCGCGGCUUCAGGCUGAACUGCAGCUGGAACGGCCUCUACACCCGCUUCCAGUGCGACAGCGUGCAGCUCGGCGUCGCCUGCCGAGACUACCUGCUCAGCAACGUGCACGACAGCGUGGACUACCGCAUCUGCCUGCACACCCUCUACAACGACGCCAGCCAGCGCGACGAGGACUGUCUGCAGUUCAGGGCCGAGCCGGCCGGCAUGCAGGACAUUGUCAUCGCCAUGACGGCGGUCGGCGGCUCCAUCUGCGUGAUGCUGGUGAUCAUCUGCCUCCUAGUGGCCUACAUCACCGAGAACAUCAUGCACCCCGCCUUGCCCAGGUCCUCCGCCAAGCGGGGCCACGGCGACCACAGGAUGACCACAUAGAACCGGGAGAGGGGAGCAGGAGGAGACGAGGGAACCGACAGCCUCUGCAGGCUGCGGGCGCCGGGAUCUGGAGCAACAGACAAGAUGCUGCAGGCAUCAUUCGUGGGGGGAAAUGGACAUUCGGACUGCUGAGGGGUCUCGACCCGACUCGACUGUCCACUGAGAGUCUUCUGGCAGCUCCCCGCGCCUCUGACGAUGUGACUCCCUUACCCUGGUGCUGGAUUCGGGGAGAAGGAGAAAUGAGGCUGGACGACUAUUCCCGUUUGUGUUGUAGAUGCUGCUUCGGACUGAGUCGGGACUCGGGAGACGGAGGGGCUGAGUUGGACCAGGAGAUCCCUGGCUGGGCGGCGACUCAUCGGUCACUUCACCCUGAACUCCCCUCUGUGUCAGACGGUCACUUUGUUGCGAAAUGGACCCGUCCCAGGACCUCUGACUGACUUAAGCACAAACAAUAAUGUUAGAAACCGUUUAUCUCUCCAAAUCAAAACGCGUGCUCGGUUUAAUUUUUUUUAAAGGUUUAUUUUGAAUAUUUAAGAGCGGAAUUGUCUGUGUGUUUGUCGGUUGUAGGAAAUUAAAACGCAAACGUUGAGUGUUACACGUUUGGUUUUAUGCUGAGUGUCUCCGAGCGACCGCAGUUUGUACUUUCUGUUGGGACUUUCCUCGUCGUCUGGGAUUAGGGAAAGGUGGUUUCGAGACGAGGUGGGGGGCGCGAUUCCACGCCACCCGCAUCCUGCGACUUGUGAAAGCGAGCGACUGGAGGGGAAUGAGAAUUAGGACAGCGAGGGGCUCGGACAGGAGGGCAGACUGACGGGGGGGGGGGGGUGUCAGCGAAACGAGAGGAAGAAAAGAUCAUUGGACACAGACUUAAGAACUAAACGGAGGAAUGUUGGGGUGUUUAUUGUGAGUUGGAAAAUCCCAAUAGCUUCGAUGUAGUUGACUUUUUUUUAAUUAGUGGGAUUAACCCACUUCCUGAAAUCAGUCAGAGCGAGAGAGAGAGAAAGAGAGGAGACACUUGGACAAGAAAGUCUGUAGAUGCUGGAAAUCCAAACAACGAACGAACACACUCACACUCACUCCCUCCCUCCCCGGUGGCCAAACAUUUAACUCCGAAUCCCAUUCCCGUUCCGGCGUGUGGCUCCAUGGCCUCCUCUUGUGCCAAUCUGACGGCACCCUCAGGUUGAAGGGGCAACGCCUUGUAUUCCAUCCUGGUACCCUCCAACCUGAUGGCAUGAAUAUCGAUUUCUCCUUCCGAUUAACACCCCCCCCCAUUCCCCUUUCUGACGUUUUACUACCUCUCACCUGGGUAUGUUUCCCCUGGGUCCCUUUCUCGUUUGGUCCACUCUCCUCUCCUGUCCGUUUUCUCCUUCUCCAGGCCCUUGACCUUUCUCCCCUCCCUUGACCUUUCUCCCCUCCCCCACCCCCACCCCAAACCUGGCUUCACCUAUCACCUUCCAGCUAGCCUCUCUUCUCCCUCCCACCACCCUCUGAUUCAGGCAUCGUCCCCCCUUCCUUUCCAGCCCUGAUGAAGGGUCUGGUCCAGAAACAUCGGCUCCAGAAACUCUCCUCCGUAGACGCUGCCCGACCCGCUGAGUGCCUCCAGCAUUUUGUGGGGACACUGUGUGUUUUAGAUGGACGGGGACAAUCUCAUUGUAUCCUCUCAGUAAAAGAGAGCGAAGUUCAAAGCCGGGCUCCGUAAAUCCCCUGACCGUAUCACAGCAGAAAGGGCGGAGGUUGUGGAGGGAUUCUCCACGGGCAGGGAGUGAUCACUCAAUUGGAAAUAUCCGGUAGACCCCCACCCCCACAUAGCAACAGAGACCGAGGAACAUCUGAUAGACCCCCUUCCCCCCCCACCCCCACAUAGCAACAGAGACCAAGGAACUGAUCGUAAAGCAGAUUUUGGAAAGGUUUUUUUUAAAAAAAAAUAAAAAAUAGGAGUGUUGUCAUGGGGGGGGGGUUCAACUUCCCAAAUACAGACUGGCACCUCCAUAGUGCAAAAGAUGUGAAUGGUGGCAGAACGUUCAGGUGUGUCCGGGAAGGAUUCUUGACUCAAUAUGUAGACAGACUGGAGGAAAGUUUUAAGGGAAUGUCAGAGGUAAGUGUUUUUUUUACACGGUGAUGGGUGUGUGGACAGGAAUAGUGGUAGAGGCAGAUUCUUUAAGGGCAUUUAAGAAACUCUUAGAUAGGCACACGGACUAUGGAUAAGUAGAGGGGAAUGUAUGGGAGGGAGAAAGUGGUUAGAUUGCUCUUGAGUGUAAUUAAAAGUUAGCACAACAUUGCGGGCCGAAGGGCCUGUGCUGUGCUAUGUAACCCUUUCUUGAUGUGAUCUAAUGCAAAUCUGCAGCCGUCCCUGAACCAGGGAAAUUUGCUAGUGAAAUACACUAGAGCAGAGGACACUGAACUUUGAAAUAAAAACAAGAUUAAAAGUAUUAAGUUCCAAUGAAACAUUAUCUCCAUUCCUUUUCCCAUGGCUGCCUGACCUACUGAGUAUUUCCAGUAUUUUCCAUUUGUUAUUAAACCUCAGAUUUCCAGCAUCUGCAGUGUUUGAUUAUUUUCACCCUGAACUUGACUUGUUUAAUAUGGAAUGCAUAGAAACAUAGAAAACCUACAGCACAAUACAGGCCCUUCGGCCCACAAAGCUGUGCCAAACAUGUCCUUACCUUAGAAAUUACCUGGGAUACCUAUAGCCCUCUAUUUUUCUGAGCUCCAUGUACCUGUCCUGGGGCCUCUUAAAAAGACCCUAUGGUUUCUGCCUCCACCACUGUCGCUGGCAGCCCAUUCCACGCACUCGCCAUUCUCUGCGUUUUUAAAAAGAAACUUACCCCUGACGUCUCCUCUGUACCUACUUCCAAGCACCUUAAAACUGUGCCCUCUCAUGCUAGUCAUUUCAGCCCUGGGAAGAAGCCUCUGACUAUCCACAAUAUCAAUGCCUCUCAUCAUCUUAUACACCUCUAUCAGGUCAGCUCUCAUCCUCCGUUGCUCCAAGGAGAAAAGGCUGAGUUCACUCAACCUGUUCUCAUAAGGCAUGCUCUCCAAUCCAAGCAACAUCCUUGUAAAUGUCCCCUGCACCCUUUCUGUGGUUUCCACAUCCUUCUUGUAGUGAGGCGAGCAGAACUGAACACAGUACUCCAAGUGGGUGCUUUAUGGGACUGCACUUCCCUGCUCUCCUGGUAACAAGUUAGCCAAUGGAAUUUUAGCAGAAAAGGCAGGAAAUGGGUCUGGAAAAUUGUAACGGUGAGGAGGGAAUGGAUAAACUUGGGUUGCUUCCUUUGAGGUAGUGGAUGCGGAGGGGAAGCCUUAACAGAGGUGGACAACAUUUUGUGGCACUUGGAGACGGAAUAGGAAAGGCUCAUUUCUCUUAGGAGAAGGGUCAA